GUGAAUUUGAAAAUUGUAAAGUUUUGUUGAAAAUUCUCGUCAAAUCUUUCAUAAUUUAGCCCUCAAAAUGAUUCCAAUAACCGAUUUACAAAAAAUCGGCAUCGGAGUGACGGGCUUUGGAAUGUUUUUCUUGUUUUUUGGUGUUGUGUUGUUUUUUGACAAAGGGCUUUUAGCCAUUGGAAAUAUAUUAUUUAUAUCUGGUUUAGCUUUGGUCAUUGGUCUAGAGAGAACGUUUAGGUUUUUCUUUCAAAAGCACAAAUUACGUGCAAGUUCCUGCUUUCUUGGAGGAAUAUUAGUGGUUUUAUUUGGCUGGCCUCUCAUAGGAAUGAUUAUAGAAACCUAUGGCUUUGUAUUAUUAUUUAGUGGUUUCUUUCCUGUUGUUGUAAAUUUUCUAAGAAGAGUACCCAUUAUUGGGAAUAUCUUAAAUCUUCCAAUUAUAAGUACGAUCGUUAGUAGAAUAGCUGGGGAACAAGGAAAUUCUAUGGUUUGAAAGAAAAUAGAUCUAAAAGAAAACAUUAUAUCUACCUACAACAUCUUAAAAUUAAUGUCAACGAAAACUAUGAAAAAUGCACAGUCCACACUGGCUAUCACAGCUGAGUGUGUAUAUAUAUAAAGAUCAGCCUUGAGGGUUCUACUAUACAUCUACUGUAUAUUCAGUAGAGACAUGAAUAUCAUUCUCCUUCAUCUUCAAGGCUGAGGAGUUCAUCACAACACAUCCUGAUAAUAACAUAACCUGGAAUAGAACUGAUUGUGCAUUUAAAAGGAAUAACCAGUGUUGCUAUCUUGUCUUUUGGAGAAUUUGUCACCAAAACCGUCAGCGACUAAUUCACACAAAAAAUUGAAUAUGUCUGCUGCAUAGCCUAAUUAGAAUAGGACCCAAUACUGAACCUGUAGCACACCACAAGAAAUGUUGCAUAUGAGAUUCAGUUUAGGCAGGGAGUCAGUCACAAAGGCAGGGAAAGGAAGAUUACAUCUCUUUAGGAAAAGGGUCACAGGUAUAGAGGCUAUGUAUUCAUUGUCUGUCAUGGUAGUAUAUUUACUGAUACUUCCUGUAAAUACUAAGCUGUUCAAUAAAUGAAAAUUUUUGUUAGAAAAA